AUGACGACCUCGCUCGGGCAAGGAGCACAAGCUCAGCACAGCAAGGAACUUCUUGUUGAAUCUUUGAGCAGACCCAGCAAGGUGGCAGUGGCGAGCAUGCCAGCGGAUUCUACAGCGACGCGGCCGCCGUGGCGACGUGGGGGAACGGAUGGAAAGACCACAGUGAUGCUCCGCAACAUCCCCAACAACUACUCCCGAGACAUGGUGCUCGAACUGCUUGAUGACCAUGGCUUUGCAGGAUCGUACAAUUUUGUCUACCUCCCCUUCGACUUCAAUCGUGACGCCAACCUGGGCUACGCCUUCGUCAACCUAGAGACAAGUGAUGCUGUGGAUGCCCUAUGGAAGACCUUCGAUGGAUUCUCCGACUGGUCACUGCCGACAGUGAAGGUCUGUCAGGUCUGCUGGAGCGGCCCUCAUCAAGGACUCCAGGCACACGUUGAACGAUACAGGAACAGCCCGGUCAUGCACAAGCAAGUCCCAGAUCAGUACAAGCCGGUCGUGUUCAAGCAUGGCGUUCGCAAGCCUUUCCCCCGACCCACCAAGAAGAUCCGUGCUCCGCAGAUGUUUAUGGGGUACUACUAA